UAACGACGAGCUUCUCAGCGAGCCAUUGUCCACGUCUUUUCCCUACGUUCAUUCUAGAUACCCUCAAUACACCAUGGGUGGAGGCGGCAAGAUCCCGUAUCCCAAGGAAGUCUGGUCUCCCGCGGGUGGCUGGUACGCUCAGCCCGCAAACUGGAGGGUCAACACGGCCAUCAUUGGCGCCGCUGUCCUUGGAGUUGUCGCUGUGACCUGGAGCAUUAGUGCCGACCGUGAGCACCGUGACAAGAUGCCCGAACCCGGCAGAUUCUUCCCCAGUCGCUACUGGAGCCGGGAAAUCAGAGAACACGAAAAGCAGCUGGCCGCCCAGAACCGGUCAUAGAGCGGCAACAGGAUGAAGAGGUAGUUGUGGGAAAAUGAGUACCUGUGGUGGUUUUCUAUGGCAUGCCAGGUUUUGUUUCAUAAUUUUUGUGGGCUGUACGACAAUAGAAGGGCGUUCUUCCAUACGGUCAGUUGAUCUGAAAGUGCUUCUGAGGAGACUCUUCCAAUGUUCGAUACAAGCGCUGUGUGUACAGACGGACCCGUUCCGUGAACUCAGUCUCGUUCCAAAGCUCCUUUCCAUCACUGGAUGUAGACAUGCGAGGCACU